AUGUCGGAAGUGGGCGACGCUACAGAACGAACCACUCGCACCGAAUAUAACAAAUCAGAUAUUGUUCAGAAUAUUGAGGCGAUGGAAGGGAGUAAUAAGAUUGAACCGGAGAGUAAAGGAGAGUUAGAGAGCAAAAAAGGAGAACUGGAAAGCAAAAAAAUUGAAUUAGAGCCUUCAACAAACGGUGAAAGUAUUAGAGAAGGUUCCAAUGAAGGAGAAGGUGAUUUGAAAAUUGUGGAAGAGGAAAAGCGUAAAUUAGAUUCAAACUCUGUUGAACCAAUCAAGACCGAAGUUUCACCUGAGCUAAUGAAUACUGGCAAAACUAAUGAUUUGACUGAGGAGACGAAAGAAAGUGUUAAAACGUCGGAAGUAUCAAUGGCAUCACAGAAAAUUGUGGAAACGACAAGCAAGGAGCACGUAGACGUGGCUAAUUGUAUGAACGACACGGAAACAGUGGAUGCGACAUUGCAUGCUUCGGUUUGCAUUACAAAUUUGAAAAAUUCAUUUAAGAAAAGACCUGGACUGACCAUUCCUUUACAGGUUGAAGUGCAUGAGAAAACUGCAUUGCCCGAGGGUUUUGCUAAUGAAAAAAUCACAAAUGAAGAAAAAGAAAUGAGGAAUGACGCUGAAGAAUCGAGGGAGGACAAAAAAGAAGAGGAGGGAGUCGGGAAGCGCGUAUUACCAAAAUGGAUGGUUCAGAGUGCAGAUGCUCCUCCGAGUCCAAAUGCAGGGGAAUUACAGGGCCAAGAUGGUGCACAGAACAAUGAUGUAACAGGAGUUGUUGCCUCUGGCCGUGGGCGAGGGCGAGGAAGGGGUCGUGGUCGUGGCGCAGCUCGAAAUGUGCAGAGACCCCAACCCAUUGUCACAGAACAACCAGAAUCUCUAUCUGCAGGUCGUCCUCGUCGAUCCACUCGUUCCGCAGUUGAUUAUGCUCAUCCAGAUGUAGCGACUGUUGUUGCUGAACAAGAAGAUCUUGAAAAUGAGUUGCAGCAAAAACUGUCACGGCGUGGACGUAAUCGUGGCCGAGGUCGCGGCAGAGGUGCUGCGCGGAAGAUGAUUGGAGAUGCCAGCGAUGAGGAUGAUGGUAAUGAUAGUGGUUCAGAGUAUGGCGCUUCAAAAAAGAAAUCUUCGUCAUCCAGACGUGGAAGGGGUCGAGGACGGGAACGGGGAAGAGUUCGACGAUCAACUCGCACAUCCAGAAAAGCCCAUAAGGAUGAAAGUGAAGAGGAGGAAGAGGAAUUAGAUUUGGAUGACGAUGAUGGUGGACCAUCUCCUGUUUCUGGCGAGGAGGAAGAAGAGAUGGAUUAUAAGCCUUCAGUUGAAAAACGCCGUGUCGAUAAUCCUCAACAGUGGAAGCAACCGCCUAAGAAACGUGGUCGUUCUACAGCCGUGCCAGAAAAUCAGGCAAAAGAUUGA